ACACAAUAUGUCUUGUUCCAUGUGAUGUUCUACUUCCGGCAAUAUAAGUCAUUCAAUCGCGGAGUCCUCUCGAACUCCUCCCACCACCAGUCGAGCUCUCUCUCUCUCUAGACCCUUCGAGUGUAUUGAAUCAGUUGUGUGCCUUAGCCUCACAAAGCCCAACGUUACGAAUCGACUUUGAUUUGGAUUUUAUUGGAUUGGGGAAUUGAAAAGACACCGUUUGGUUGGACUGCGAAAGUUUGAGACCUGGUGUUAGUGAAUAUGGCCACUGGAGCUGUGCCAGCUUCCUUUAUGGGUCUGAAGAGCAGAGAACAUGACUUGGGAUUUGCAAAAAGUAUGGGGUUUGUGAGAGUUUCUGGCUUGCAGAGGGUUAAGUUUCGUCGGACCAAGGUCUCUGUGAUCAGAAAUUCAAACCCCGGUUCAGAGACUGUUGAACUUCAGCCUGCAUCAGAAGGAAGCCCUCUACUAGUUCCUCGGCAAAAAUAUUGUGAAUCUGUUAACAAAACUGUUAGGAGGAAGACCCGGACAGUGAUGGUUGGCAAUGUUGCUAUGGGUAGUGAGCAUCCUAUAAGAAUUCAAACAAUGACCACGACAGACACAAAGGAUGUUGCUGCAACAGUUGAACAGGUAAUGAAAAUAGCUGACCAGGGAGCAGAUAUUGUUCGAAUAACUGUGCAAGGGAAAAAAGAAGCAGAUGCAUGUUUUGAAAUUAAAAACUCCCUUGUUCAGAAGAACUAUAACAUACCUCUGGUGGCCGAUAUUCAUUUUGCUCCUGUUGUUGCACUUAGAGUUGCUGAAUGCUUUGACAAAAUUCGUGUCAACCCAGGGAAUUUUGCUGAUAGGCGUGCUCAGUUUGAGAAACUAGAAUACACAGAAGAUGACUAUCAAAAAGAACUUGAGCAUAUUGAGCAGGUUUUUACUCCGUUGGUUGAGAAAUGUAAGAAAUAUGGAAGGGCCAUGCGCAUAGGAACAAACCAUGGGAGCCUCUCAGACCGUAUAAUGAGCUAUUAUGGGGAUUCUCCAAGAGGAAUGGUUGAAUCUGCAUUUGAGUUUGCGAGAAUUUGCCGGAAGUUGGACUUCCAUAACUUUGUCUUUUCUAUGAAAGCAAGCAACCCAGUUGUCAUGGUUCAAGCGUACCGUCUACUUGUAGCUGAAAUGUAUGUUCAAGGAUGGGAUUAUCCAUUACACUUGGGAGUUACCGAAGCUGGUGAAGGUGAGGAUGGGCGUAUGAAAUCUGCAAUUGGCAUUGGAACACUUCUUCAGGAUGGUUUGGGUGAUACAAUCAGGGUUUCCCUUACAGAGCCUCCAGAGGAGGAGAUAGACCCCUGUAGAAGGCUUGCGAACCUUGGUAUGAGAGCAGCUGCACUUCAGCAAGGAGUGGCACCAUUUGAAGAAAAAAACAGACGUUAUUUUGAUUUCCAGCGCAGAACUGGUCAAUUGCCAGUGCAAAAGGAGGGUGAAGAGGUGGAUUAUAGAGGUGUCCUGCACCGUGAUGGCUCUGUUUUCAUGUCUAUAUCCCUUGAUCAGUUGAAGACACCUGAGCUCCUUUACAAAUCACUAGCUGCAAAACUUGUCGUUGGCAUGCCAUUCAAGGAUCUGGCCACUGUGGACUCAGUCUUGUUGAGGGAGCUACCACCAGUUGACGAUGUAGAUGCUCGAUUAGCUCUCAAAAGGUUGGUAGAUAUAAGUUUGGGAGUCAUAACUCCUUUGUCGGAGCAGUUGACAAAGCCAUUACCCAAUGCCAUGGUCCUGGUAACCCUCAAGGAACUAGCAACUGGUGCUUACAAGCUUUUACCAGAAGGCACACGCUUGGCUGUAUCUGUACGUGGUGACGAACCAUACGAAGAGCUUGAAAUCCUAAAGAGUAUUGAUGCUACAAUGCUCCUUCAUGAUCUUCCGUACACUGAAGACAAAAUUGGCAGAGUACAGGCAGCUAGGAGGCUAUUUGAGUAUCUUUCAGACAAUGCGCUGGACUUUCCUGUAAUUCACCACAUACAGUUCCCCAAAGACAUUCACAGGGAUGAUUUAGUCAUUGGUGCCGGUACGAAUGCAGGGGCACUUUUAGUAGAUGGACUAGGAGAUGGUAUCCUAUUGGAAGCCCCAGACCAGGAUUUUGAUUUUCUUAGGAAUACAUCCUUCAAUUUGCUACAAGGUUGCAGAAUGCGAAAUACAAAGACGGAAUAUGUCUCUUGCCCAUCCUGCGGUAGGACUUUGUUUGACCUUCAAGAGAUUAGUGCAGAAAUAAGAGAGAAGACCUCACAUUUGCCGGGUGUUUCAAUCGCAAUUAUGGGUUGCAUAGUGAAUGGACCUGGGGAAAUGGCCGAUGCAGAUUUUGGGUAUGUUGGAGGUACCCCGGGAAAGAUUGACCUUUAUGUUGGGAAGACGGUGGUAAAACGAGGAAUUGCGAUGGAGCAUGCAACUGAUGCCUUAAUCCAGCUAAUAAAAGACCAUGGCCGCUGGGUGGAACCUCCUGCAGAAGAGUAGGAUGAUGCAGUAUGGGAAUAAAAGAAGGGUUAAAAUGGAGAGCAUUGUACACCACUGUUGUGUGUGAGGGAUCUCCAGAUCUGUGUUAUGUUAAAAGUCUAAACAGCAGUCCAGUAAAGUAAUUUUUCAGGCUGAUGCAUGUAAGUGGCAAGGUAUGCGUUAUAUGUUGUGCAAUUAGUAUACAUCUAACACCUAUAAUUGUCUUAUAUUAGUUUACUAAGUAAAUAUGCAGUCAAAUAAGCUUUUAAAUCGAAUUAAUUUUUCUUCUACCUUUUUUUUAUUAAAUUACUGUAGUUUCAAACU